AUGCUGCGAAUAUCAUAUUGGAUCUUGCCCAUAAUAUCGGGCGUCGUAUGGCUUGCCACCCUGCUCGGCCUAUUGCUCAACUGGACCGUCAACGAGAACCGCAUACACUACGGCAGCAUGAGCGAGAAUCAGACCAUCGCCUACAUCAGCGAUGCCGGUGCUUACAGGCUCAAGCCGCUCUUCAUUACGGGCUGCGUCAUUACAACCAUCUUUCUCGACGCGGGUUUCCUCGCCGACAGGUGGUUGAGGCACAAGGGCAGGCUCGUGCCCAAUUCUACCAUGGGAGAGAAGAUCUUGUCAGGCCUGACUAUUGCAUUCGCCGUCGUGGGCACAGUGGGCCUGAUCAUGCUCAGCAUCUUCGACACAGCAAGCCACAACAGGUUGCACAAUAUAUUCUUAAGUCUCUUCAUUGGUGGAUAUACAAUCAGUGCCAUCUUUAUCUGCUGGGAGUACCAGCGUCUCGGUCGCAACCGAGAUCACCGCGUCCUUCGCACCUCAUUCUGGAUCAAACUUGUCUUCAUCAUCGUCGAGAUCCUCCUCUGCGUCGGCUUCGGCAUCGCUAACCGCCUCCGCGAGUUCAACGCCGCGGCAAUCCUCGAGUGGGUCAUCGCCGUCGUCUUCUCCUUUUACGUCUUCUCCUUCUACGUCGACCUGUACCCGGCCGUCUACACAAAGAACGGGAAGCCAUACACUCGUCCUCUGGCCGGCGGCGCCUUCAGGACCAAGGGCAUGGCCGAACCUCCCAUGGCCCAGCGCUACCGCGGCGGCUCCGCCAGCGCGACCGAGGAGGGCAGGAUCGAAUCCGACUCCACGGCUCCUGGUGGUGUUGGCGCCGGUGCGGGCGGCGGUCCGUUUGGCACCGGUGCCCUGUCGCACACGGAUAGGGAAUACUAUCAGCGUCCGCCCGUGCCGCAGAACUUUUAG